AUGGUACAUAGCACACGCAAGAAAAAGAGAAGCACUUCUGUUGGAAUACUAUUCGCGGCGAAAAGAUACACGGGCUAUAUAAGGUACCUAUCGUGGCUGAAUAUCGAAUACGCAGAGGAUGGGAACAGGUUGGCCUCUCUCCUGUGUGAAACGGGACCAAGAUGGAUGUUUGUAGUUAGAGUACAUUGA